AGGUUUUCCUUUCUUUAAGAAAAAAUCUUUUAUCUUCUCCAGGAAAAAUUAACAAAUGAAUCAAAUAUCUAAAUUAUCUGUUUGCAGAUCACUCUUAAGAAGAAACCCAUUUACAAGAUGGUCAUCAAAACCCUUAUCUUCUUCGCUAAUCUCGAAUAGUCCAACUUCUUCAAACCUAGUAACAAUUAUCUCAAAAUUCCACCACACUUUCAAUUAUCCUCCACAAAUCUUUUCAAUCCCUGGAAACAAUUUAAGGAAAUUUAGUGGAGAUGCAGCAGCAGAACAUAACUUUAGCGCUAAUGAUCUGGAAAUGGAAAUUUUUGAUAUGAACAGUGCAGUAUCCGACGCUCGGGACGACAUAGAAUUAGCUUCUUUACCUCCUCUUGAUGCUGUCAAGAUUCUGGCGGUCAAAUAUAAAGCCUUCAUUGAAAAAUGGGGACUCCACAGUGUAAAAGAUGAGGAUUUCCCGCAUUACCUGCAGAAAUUUAGAAGAGAGAUUGAAAUUUUAGAAGAUGACGUUGAAAAACUCGUGGCCUUUGGGGAGUAUGUUGCAGCUGGCAAACCUAAUGGAAAACGUUGUUGGUACGAGUUCAAACGCUGGUAUGAUGUUGCUGUUAUGUACGGUAUAGAGCUUCCUCCGUACUCAGAGAAUGAGAGUGACACUUUGCCAACUGCUCAGGAUCAUAUUGCUGUGGCAGACAAUACCAAUCAGGAGGUUUCUGGGAGCGAGAUAGAGUUGGGGGCAAUAAUCGAGCAGAGGGAGAUAGAGCUGGGGGCAAUAAUCGAGCAGAGGGAGCUUCAACAUUGGAACUAUAAAAUGAGCCAGGCAGAAGGAAAUUCUUUAUCUCCGCUUUAAAGGAGAUUGUAGGGAGCUUCAACAUUGGAACUAUAAAAUGAGCCAGGCAGAAGGAAAUUCUUUAUCUCCGCUUUAAAGGAGAUUGUCUCGAUGUAGUGAAUGCAAUCCACGGUAGCUUCGGGGCAGUUGAAUGGACAACAAUGUCAUCGUGAUCGGUUAGGAUUGCUUAAAAGGUUUGAUAAGUGGGUUUGUACUUCGAAGGUUUUUACUAACUUAGUAAGCGCCUAAAUACCAGUAAAAGGAAAGCACUUAAGAGGUUUGUAUUAAUUUAACAAGUGCCUAAACACUAAUAAAGGUUUUUCUCUUUCUUUUUAA